AUGUCUCAGCAGCUGUCAGCGUUACAGGAAGUCCACCGAGAUUUCUCAGAGACUUACGAGGAACACCCAGUGCUUGAUUCUUCGUGGGAAAUCAGUGUCAGUGUGCACCCGCUGUGGGAGACCGUGGACCUGGUCCCGGGGGGCGAGCGCCAGUCGCCCAUCAACAUCCGCUGGAGGGACAGCGUCUAUGAUCCCGGCUUAAAACCGCUCACCAUCUCUUACGACCCGACCACCUGCCUCCACGUCUGGAAUAACGGGUACUCUUUCCUGGUGGAAUUUGAAGAUUCUACAGAUAAGUCAGAGGAAGUGAAGCUCCCUGAAGUUCACUGCUUUCCUGCCAGGUCACAGCUGACUGCUGGAGAACUGAUGGAAAAUCAGCAGACCACACUCUGUGCAGGGCCUCUGAGUUCCUGGAGACUUCAGCAGGUGUCGACCUCCUGCAAGCUCUGGAGCUGCACAUCACGAAGAGCUACAGAAAUUCGUGGAUACUGUGCCGUCAGUGAAGCAUAA